AUGCAGCGGUUCUUCGUUUCUUUGCUGGUGGUUCUGGCGGCAGCCUUGUUCGUCUCUACAGUCGAAGCACAGGAAAAACGAGCUGCGAUGGGAGGGUAACUUUUAAGAUUCAAAUCUAGAACUUUAUAAAUGGAGUGACGGAGCUAUAGGACGUCUAGGAAGUCCUACAUGACCGAAAACUUUUUUUUUCCUCAAACCGUCAAAUCCAGUAAAGUGCUUAUAUAACCGACCUUACAGUAAAAUUGAAUACAUUUUUUUCUAUCUGAAUUCAUUUUCCAAACCUGGUAGGAGCACUUUUUGAAAAUGAACUCAGUUUUCCACGCAGUUUUUAAUUUUCCUCUUUUUUUUAUUAAAUGAAGUAUCUGAAGUUCAAAACUCAAUCGAUAAAAAAUUGAUCCUAAUAACUACCUAAAAUCAUUUUAAGUACUAGAAGUCCUUUUGGAUAAGAUAAAUAAAGUUCAGGACUCAAUUGAAGUUGAAAAAAAUGAGUUUUAUUUUUAAUCUCACCUUAGUUUUUCAACACUUAAAGUCCACAGAGUUGGUGAAAGUCUGAAAAAUUCUAGAUGAAAAACAGCUUUCCAUUUUGGAAAAAAAGUUUUUUUAAAUCACUAAAUUUUGACUGUGUCCAACUAAAAACAAAAAAAACCCUCUAUUUUUUUGUGAUAGAAGGACCUGAAGCCGAUGACUCAUACAAGCUGAAAAACAGCCUUCUUUCUUCUCCUACAAAUAAAUUCUCCAGCUAGAAAACCUAUUGAAUUAUUAACAAAGUGUCCAGAUGAAAUGACAAGUUUCAGUUCGGCCUUCGGCGGCCUCGACCGCAUCCCGUCCUACCUUCAGAAGUUCUACCGACAACGCAACAACAAGCGCGACCCGACCGACUUCGGAAGAUUCGGUGAGCCGAAAUUCGGGAUUUCCCUUUGAAUCAAUUUUAAAAUUUGACAGUCAAAUCGUGGCGCGAUUUAAAUUCAUACAUAAAAGGAUUAGUUGCAGCUGGCUACCCGCAGGACUUGAGCUACUACUGA